AUGUGGACGAUAGUUAAGAAAUUUCAACAUAGAAAACCUUACCCGGAUAAGUUAUACUCGUCUGAAAUCUGUUCAUCCAAUGGGCAUGACAUCCAAUGUGGAGAGGGGGAAAAGGUGGCCAUAAAGAAUCUAGAAUGUGGGUCAGGCAGUCAUGCAUGUGCACCCUUUAUAAACCGCACAAUAUUCGCAGUAUGUAACGGACAGAGAUACUGUGGUGACCUCGACCUGCGCUCUAUGGUGAACGUGUAUUGCGACAAUCUUGUGGUCAGUGCCAGAAAAAUAGAUGUUUAUUACCGCUGUGAAACAGGCACAUCAACUUCCUGUAGAGUGAAUGUUUGUCCAGAAAAUAGUCCCGGGUUAAAAUGUUUAAACGGCGGAGUUAUACAUGUGAAAAAAGUAUUUUGUAAAUAUGAAGGGGUGAUUUGUUCGUGGGAAACUUACGUGACGUUAUAUACUCUAUGUGAGGCAAGAUCACAGUGCUCCGCCGGUGCCUUAAAGACAGUACUACCGGUUUACUGCGAAGAGCCGGAAGUUUCACAGCGCAAUGUUUUGGUGGAUUAUGUGUGCAUUAAUAGUAGGUAUUUAUUUUUAUUAAAAAAUACAGAUAUAAGAUAG